GAGAGAGUCGAAUCAAGCCAGAGAAGGCGGAGGGAGGGGGGAGAAGAAGGGAGGGAGGGGGGAGGUAGGAGAGGGUGGUAUGGAGAGUAGCAAGGAUGGGAGUGUGGAAGAGGAGGAGGGACGAGAGCAGAAGCAAGAGCAGGAGGAGCGGGGGCAGGAGGAGGAGAGCGGGGCUGUAGAUGGAAAUGAAGCGGGAGAUGGAGACAAGGGAAUAAAUGAUGGCGGCGGAGAGAGGGGUGUCGGUGAGGAAACGCCUCUCGGCGAUGGUGGGGAAAGGACCCUCCCCCCUCUCAGUGAAGAACGCGAUGGUUCGCUGUCCCGACGGAGUGCCACGUCAGCGUUGGGAAAGCGAUCUUCGGGCGAUGUCGGAUCUGAAGUUGAUGGCGAUGAAGAUUUGACAGAGCGAUCUCCUCAGAGGCUAAGGAUAAGCGACGAUGACGUGGCUAAAGCUAAUAAAGAAGAUCAAGAUGGUCGGCUGAUGGAGCUGGGGGCUGAGGUCUUCGUGGACAGGGGGGCCAUGAACGGUGACAUAAUGGGGGCGGAAAGGAUGAUGGGUGGGGGGGGAAUUUGGGACCAGGCACCUGGACAUCAUCCCGCGCCGGGAGCACUGCUGGUGCAGCAGCAGCAGCAGCUGGAUAAGCAGAGAGAAGAGGAACAAGUGAUGGAGAAGGAGGAAGAGGAAGACGAGGAGGGUGGUGAUGGGAACGACCCUUAUGAGCCGAGAAGAGGAAGUCCAUCGCCGGAGGGAAUGGUAGGAGGAGGAGGAGGAGGAGGAGAAGGAGGAGGAGAUGGUGGAAGCCAGAGGGGAAUAACCCGAGAGUUGUUGCCAGAGAGAGGACCGGACGGAGCCAUUAUUCUACCUCCAUCGCUCGAUGAAGCUGUGACAGUAUUGGAGUGCGAGCAGGAAUCUGGGGAAGGGAAGGCGUUUGUCUACGUGCUGGGGACUGCACACGUGUCCCAGGAGUCUUGUAAGGACGUUCGGCUCCUCAUCAGGCUCGUCAGGCCCGAUGUGGUGUUCGUGGAGGUCUGCCGAGAUCGCAUGUCUUUAUUCACUCUAGCCCCAAAACUGCCGGUGCCGACAUUUCUAGACGUGGUGCAGCAGCUGCGGGCCAAGAAUGCGAACACUUUUGCAAUCCUGUAUAGCAGCCUCCUUGCGAAGAUUGCUUCCAAAAUGGACAUUGUUCCUGGUGCAGAGUUCAGGGCAGCGUACGAAGAAGCAAAGGAUCUGCAAGCAGUGCUAGAACUUGGAGAUCGGCCUGUCAAGAUCACGCUUCAGAGGACAUGGGGACGUAUGUCCCGUUGGCAGAAGAUAAAGCUGAUAUGGACACUAAUAUAUGACUCAUUCAGGCUCCCUGACGCGGAGGCACUUUCUGCCCUGAUUGAGAGCCUGAAAGAUUCGGAUGUGCUGGUGCUAGCAAUCAGAGAACUUGGGGAGGCGUUUCCUAUCUUGACGGAGACUUUGAUUCAUGAACGAGAUCAGUACAUGGCAGCAACUUUGCAAGAGUGUGCUAAGCAAGCUCGAGCUGUGGUUGCCGUUGUCGGGAAAGGGCACCAGAAAGGCAUUGCAGAGAACUGGGGAAAGCCAAUCGAUAUUCAGUCACUGAUGACAGUUCCACUUGAGAAGCCCAAGUCUUCAUGGUUGUGUUUUUCAUCAGUCGGCCUGAUGGUCCUGAGUGUGGCCAUCGGUGGGGCUGCAGUGUACAUGGGCUCAAAGUAUCUUCGCGGGUCAACGUGAUGUUAUCUAGAGCAAGGCCAUUCACCGGCGUUGGUGCGAUAUCAAAGCAAGAGAGAACUCUUGGGAAGAGUGCUGGCAUUUUUGUUUCGUGUUAUCUGGUAUGGUCGAUCGAUGUCCAUUGGCUUGUGUGCUUGGAGCAGCAGGGCAAUGGAAAAAAUAGUCUAUGGUAUUGAGGGCGUGACAUUACGCAUCUUAAAAGCAAGCAAUAUCUUGGUGGAUGCUGGACAUCCAUCUCUUCAACAAUCAAUCAUCGAAGGCCACACCCUGUUCCGCAGUCAUAUCUUUUCUGCAUGUGCUAUUCUGAGUCUUUCCCCCAGCAAUUUCUGCGGCAAGAGGGCGCGGUGAGAUGUUUUCUGCAUGUGAUGAUUGUCUUUUCUCCAGCAAUUUUCUGCUGCGACGGAGGACUCGGCAGCAAGAAGUAAGUCUCAGGUCUGUUUCACCCUUGUUUUUCGAUGGGAUAGCAACGAGUAGUAGUGCCCCUCGUUGCUCGUCGGAUCUUCUCAAAAGAAUUUCCCAGCCCGCUCACGGACACACACAAACACACGCGCACGUGCAAGAGAUGUCGCGUGACAAAAUUUUGCAACCAGAAUUGCUGUGGCUUUGUCUUCUUGACAGCCAGCCUAGGCAAACCCGACAAGGCAGAAAACUUUCAGGCCCAUCCAUCCAUUCGUUGAAGGAGAGCUGGAGUAUCAUCAGCAAGCCUGCUGGUCUUCCCGCUGUUUUUCCCUUGUGGUCGGAGUCAAGGGGGGUCAUCGCAUACACGGCCUACUAUCGAGUUCAGCAGACGGAGAGGGGCUGCGAAUGGUAAUGAGGGCAACUCUUUGUCGGCGUUAGUCGUGUAAUAAUGAAUUGAAGAAGACAAUGUGCAAGGGGUUUGUGGAACCAGCCCCCUUCUUCUUCCUGUGCCCUUCUAUUUUUAGAAAUUCUUUUUUGCAGGAAGGGUUUGGGAAACAGAACAUGCAAUCGAGGACCUUCUGUGUCCAUUGGCCGAUGGUCUACUACACGAAGGUUGGACCACCACUACACCGUAGCAGUCUGUGGUGGUCCCGCAGGGAGGAAUCUGCCGGCCCUGACGAAGCACGGCACCGUAGCAGUCUGUGGUGGUCCCGCGGGGAGGAAUCCAUGCAUCCUCCUUGUACUACUUGGAGAGGAUAAAAGGUGGCGGUCCUGCAAGGCGGCCUCGAGCACAUCGGGGUGGGGUGGCUAGAAGGUAAAAGUGGAGGUGAGCUCAGAGCCAGCUGCUGUGAAGGAUAGCAACUGCUCUUCAAUGCAAUUUGGUACGUGUACGGCUCAUGUCUGAACAUUAUUAUGCUGAUAACAGAAGAUGGACAGGUUGGGUUGGGGGGGAAAGAAGAGAAAAGAAUGAAGGUGACACGUAUAGCAGGAGACGUGUAGGCUGCAAGGGAAGAUGUGCAUGGAGUGACAACGAGAUUGGCUGGGUGGAUGGAAACCUUCCCUUGUAAUCCCAGGAGCCCUUGUAUUUGUGCAGUGCACUGAGUGCAGCAAGAAAUGAAUGCUCCACACAGGACAGGACUUCUGAAAAUGGUAGAGGGGGAACCUCUUCUUUACCUAUCUGAAGUGCCUGCUUUCUGGUUUUCCUUCCUUUCUUCUUUUUUACCAUUCUCCUUGACUUCUUUUGAGUUCCUAUAUAUAAACAGUUUCUGUCACAGCCCCUCGUUUGUUGUCCUCUUUUCCGUCUUGUCCCUAUCUGCCUACGGCUUACCGGGCAGCUCUGUUUGACGAUAUAUUGUUUUGAGAUACACGAUUUUGAAUAUUUUGAGGUAUAAAUGGGGAAAUUGAGAUGUCAUUCCCUGA